UGAGGAUGUGACCUAUAUCUCGCUGUGAUGUUUACACUUUGUUACAGUUCUUUGUCUCAGCCAGCAUAACAAGUCAGGAUGUCUGGGACAUAGAGAAAUACGUAUUUUUCUGUUUUUAUUUAUGUGUAAAGAAACCUAUUUUUAUCAUAACAUUUUUGGACCAAGAAUUUUCGGAACAACAUUUUCUUCAACUUUAUUUUUUAUUUUUCCACGACUCCAAAUAGCCGAGGCGGCUCACACGGAAAAUUUUGGAUAAGGUAUCUGGUCCGUCUAUAGGGCAGCAGCCAUGGUGUUGAUCCUGGGCAGACGGCUCAACAGGGAGGACUCUGGGACCAGGGACUCCCCCGCCGUCAAACGAAAGGUGUUCGAAGUGGACUCCAAAACCCUGACCGGUAAUGAAGUUCUGGAGUUCUCCUCCGGCUCCUCCCACUCGGAGGCCAUCUUGCAGGUGUUCAACGAGUUCCGCGACAGCCGCCUCUUCACCGACGUGGUCAUCAGCGUGCAGGGCCGCGAGUUCCCCUGCCACCGUGCUGUGCUCUCUGCCUGUUCCUCCUACUUCCGUGCCAUGUUCUGCAAUGACCACCGCGAGUCGCGUGAGAUGCUGGUGGAGAUCAACGGCAUCCUGGCCGAGGCCAUGGACUCCUUCCUCAGCUACGUCUACACGGGCCGCGCCAAGAUCACCACCGACAACGUGCAGUUCCUCUUCGAGACCUCCAGCCUCUUCCAGAUCUCCACGCUCCGCGACGCCUGCGCCAAGUUCCUCGAAGACCAGCUUGACCCUUGCAAUUGCUUGGGCAUCCAACGCUUCGCCGACGCCCACGCUUUGAAACAGCUGGCCAGCCGCUGCCGCUCGUACGCCCUGGCCAACUUCCCUGACGUGGCCCAACACGAGGAGUUCCUGGACCUGAGGAGAGACGAGCUGGAGGAGUACAUCUGCAGUGACGAACUGGCCAUCGGGAAGGAGGAGGUGGUGUUUGAGGCGGUGAUGCGCUGGGUGUACCACAGUGUGGAGCCCCGGAGGCCCGUGCUUAAGGACCUGCUGCACCACGUCCGCCUGCCCCUGCUGCACCCCAACUACUUUGUCCAGACAGUGGAAGGAGACCAGAUCAUCCAGACGGCGCCAGAGUGCUACCAGCUCCUCCACGAGGCCCGGCGGUACCACGUACUGGGCAACGAGAUGAUGUCCCCCAGGACCCGCCCACGCAGGUCGACUGGCUACUCAGAGGUGAUUGUGGUGGUGGGGGGCUGUGAGAGGGUGGGAGGGUUCAACCUGCCUUACACAGAGUGUUACGACCCUGUGACAGGAGAGUGGAAGGCCCUAGCCAAGCUCCCAGAGUUCACCAAGUCAGAGUACGCCGUCUGUGCCCUGCGUAACGACAUCCUUGUCUCAGGGGGUCGUAUCAAUGGCAGAGACGUGUGGAUGUACAACUCCCAGCUCAACCUGUGGAUCAGAGUGGCUUCACUCAACAAGGGACGCUGGAGACACAAGAUGGGUGUCCUACUGGGGAAGGUCUAUGCAGUGGGAGGGUAUGACGGCCAGAGUCGUCUGAGCAGUGUGGAGUGCUAUGACUCCUUCUCUAACCGCUGGACAGAGGUGGCUCCCAUGAAGGAGGCAGUCAGUUCCCCGGCCGUGUCCAGCUGUGCUGGGAAACUCUUUGUCAUCGGCGGAGGGCCGGACGACAACACUUGCUCUGACAAGGUCCAGUGCUACGACCCAGAGGAAGACACCUGGGCACUAAGGGCAAGCAUCCCCAUCGCGAAGCGCUGCAUCACGGCAGUCUCCCUGAACAACCUGAUCUAUGUGUCAGGAGGUCUCACCAAGUCCAUUUUCUGCUACGACCCUGCAGAGGACUACUGGAUGCACGUGGUGCACACCUUCAGCAAACAGGAGAGCUGUGGCAUGUCUGUGUGUAAUGGGAAGAUCUUCAUCCUGGGUGGGCGGGGUGAGAACGGCGAGGCCUCUGACAACAUCCUGUGUUACGACCCGGCAACAGGCAUCAUCACCGGGGUGGCCGCCAUGCCUCGCCCCAUCUCCUACCACGGCUGUGUCACCAUCCACCGUUACAACGAGAAGUUCCUCCACCGGCCCUGAACCCACACACACACACACACACACACACACACACACACACACACACACACACACACAGAAACACACA